CAGCUCAGUGGGGUUUGCUUACUUCCACCCGAGGGGACUUCUCUGUCAGCCUGGGCAAGACCGCUGCAACGCCUCCAUCACCGCUGGUCUCUGCAAACCGCCCCAAGCAACACAAACAUGGCUCCUUUUGAGAAAUCCAUUGAGUUGAUGCCCUUCAAGCAAAGGAAAUGCCUUGAAACAAGAAAAGACGAAGUGUGCAGCAUUCGGUCUAAAUUUCCCAACAAGUUGCCUGUGAUUGUGGAACGUUACAUACGUGAAAAGGCUCUUCCCCUGUUGGAUAAAACAAAGUUCCUGGUCCCGUUUGAGCUCACCUUGGGACAGUUCCUAUGCCUGUUAAGGAAUAAGAUUGCCUUGGACUCCACCCAGGCUCUGUUCCUGCUGGUGGCAGAGAAGAGCAUGUCUUGCAUGUCCUCCAGCAUGGGGGAGGUUUAUUCCCAUCACAGCGACACCGAUGGCUUCCUCUACAUCACCUACGCAUCACAAGACAUGUUCGGAGCACCUCAGCACGCAGCCAGGCCGCCUUGCUGAUCCUGAAGCAGAUCAAAUGAACUGAACCUCAACCUCUGGUGUUGACACCACAUAAACUGGACAAACUGAGCCAAGCCCAGAUGGUUUUUGUCCUGUUUUAUUAAUUUGCCCCCAAUUGCAGAUCCGCCUACCUCAUGAAACUUGCUGGAAAUCAGUAAAUAGCUCCAUCCCACGUCACUUCAGCGAGCCAAAAUUAGACUGUGGUGUGCAAGACUCACGCAGGAAGACACUGAGAGAUUGUAUUAUAUUUAAGAACCAAUUUGGCAACAGCUUCUUUUGAUAUUUCAACUCUAUUGAAUUUCAAAAAUCGGAAAUAAAAUGUUAUACCGGUAAUUGUGAUGUUGUUUGCCUGAUGUAUUCCUCCACAGGUCACAUUUCACCACAUUGUAAUGCGAAAAAAAAACAACCUGUGUUAACCUUGCCAUAAUGCCAGUUCAGUCUAAAACCACAACCAAAUUCUACAAGCUACACAAACAGGGUCAAUAGCUUACUUGUAAUCAGGCUCCUUCUUAGCACUUAUCCCCCCUACCUUUCCUCUCGUGGUUACCUCUUCCACCUUCGCUUUGAAAAUGUGAAACUUGAGGUACUUACUGAAAACAUGAAUGUCAAUUUGAUGCUGCUAUGAUUUCUUGUUCUGUAUCAAGCUGCGAUUCAAUAAAGAAUACAUUCUCGUCCUUUUAA